AUGUUCAACGCAGCCUCUCACUUCUCCAAAUUGAAGUUCUUGGUGGUUGCGGGAGUUGGUCUCUUUGGCGAUGGGUUCUUAAAUAUCAGCAUAGGACUGGUUGUCCCCAUGCUCGGACACCUCUACUUCCAAGACGAGAAGAACAAGAUCCCAACCAUCAAAGGGGAUUUGAUCAAGGCAUCACUGUCUCUCGGUAUGAUCCUCGGUCAGAUCAGCUUCGGAGUCUUUGGGGAUGCUUUGGGUCGCCACCGAAUCUAUGGCAAAGAACUCAUGAUCACCAUCUUCGGCACCCUUAUGGUCAUCUUGAUGCCUUGGAAAGGCUUUGGUCACGGUGAUGUUGUUGCCUGGAUGUCGGUCUUCCGCGUGGUUACUGGCUUUGGCAUCGGAGGCGACUAUCCCAUGACAUCAGCCUUGUCCGCCGAGCAAAAUCCAUUGGGUUCCCGGGCCAAACUCGUCCUUACCGUUUUUGCGUCCAUUGGUCUCGGCGCUAUGUCCUCAGGUAUUAUCUACCUUAUUCUUCUAGCAGCCUUUAAGUCGUCGGUCAAGGAAGACAUAUAUCAUCUCCAAUGGGUAUGGAGACUAUUGUUUGGCAUCGGACUGGUCCCUUUGAUCCUCACCCUCUACUUUCGUUUGACAAUGCCUGAGAGCAAGCCAUACAAGCAAUAUGUCGCUGAGGAAACCUCACUCAAAGCCGACGGGAAACGCGGUCUGAAGCAGCAGUUCCAGGAUUUCCGAGAAUACUUUUCGCAGUGGAAACAUGCCAAAGUACUCUUUGCCGUCAGUGCGGCUUGGUUUCUCUUUGACAUUGCAUACUACGGAAUCAACCUGAACCAGAGUAUUAUCCUCUCGAAAAUUGGUUACGCCAAGGCACCGACACCAUUUGGAACUUUAUGGAACACGGCCAUUGGCAAUAUAAUCGUCUCAGCUGCCGGCUAUCUCCCGGGCUUCUAUAUUGGAAUAUUUCUGCCCGACUUCAUCGGACGAGUCAACCAGCAAUUUUAUUGCAGCGUCAUUGUCACAAUACUUUAUGCCAUCUGGGCAGGCGUGACUAAUCACAGCUCUACCGGAGGCUUGGUUACCUUGUUUACCCUUUCCCAACUAUUUUUGAACAUGGGACCAAACUGUACGACAUUUCUCAUUCCAGUAGAAGUAUUCCCCACUCGAGUCCGGGGCACCGCUCAUGGAAUUGCUGCAGCUUCUGGCAAAGCAGGUGCUGUUCUGACUGCAUUCGCCUUUGGAUCUCUUACCGAUGCUGUCGGCCUUCAAGGAACCCUUGGCCUACUUUGUGGCGUCCUGGCACUAACUGCCCUUGUCACCUUGUGGAUUCCAGAGACCAAAGGCCGUUCUCUUGAUGAGAUCGAACAAGGAACUAUCUACGGCCUGCACAAGGGUUCUGAGAGUAUUCCAUCUACUGGAGACGUCACACCAGUUUUGGAAGGUAUGAAAGGCAAUCUUCAGACCAAAGUGUCCAUGAAAGGCGCGGGAAAAGAACGAGAAUCUGAUUCCGUGUGA